GUCACGAUGACGUAAUAACAAACAUGGCGGCGCUCGGUACAGCGCGGUGCUUAUUUCGGAGCUACUCUCGGGUGAAAAAUGUGCAGAGGAGCAAAGAAAUAUUGAUCAGAUGUAGCGUCAGGGCGCUUUGUAGUGGGACACAGGACAGCGCUGUCUCUGACAGUGCAAAGCCCCAGUUCACAGAUCCAGCUGUGCAGGACAUCCUCACCAGGAUAACGGGCCUGGACCUGCAGAAAGUGUUCCGACCCAUUCAACAGGAGCUGAAGCCGCCCACAUAUAAACUCAUGACAGAUGAACAACUGGAGCAGGCCGUCAAGGUAGCCACAGAGCAGGCUAAGAAGCUGCUGCAGAUGCCCCCUGUCCUGCCGGAGAGGAAGCCCAUCAACGAUGUGCUGUCUGAGGAUAAGAUCCUGGAUGGCAUGGACACAGCCAAAUACGUCUUCACCGACAUCACCUACAACAUCCCACACAGGGAGAGGUUCAUUGUUGUACGGGAGCCUAAUGGGACUCUCAGGAAGGCGACCUGGGAGGAGAGAGACCGGCUCGUUCAGGUCUACUUUCCCAAGGAAGUACGCAAGCUUGAACCCCCCCUCAUGUUCAAGGAGGAAAACCUCAAGAUGGUGUUUUCCCAGGACCGACACGAGGAUGUGUUGAACCUGUGUCUGGCCCAAUUUGAACCAGACUCUUCAGAAUACAUCAGGGUACAUGCUGUCACCUAUGAGGACGUGGACAAGCACGGCAAAUACGAGCUGCUGCGAUCCACCAGACACUUCGGAGGCAUGGCCUGGUACCUGGUCAACGCUCGCAGGGUAGACGGGCUCAUCGUGGACAUGCUGAAUAGAGAUCUGCUGCAAGAUGCCGUGAGCCUAGUGUGUCUGUUCCACAUGGUCCACCCCCACAGUGAGUCAGCCCAGGAAGCUGCCAGCCAGCAGGCCACUGGCAUAGACUUGCUUAAGAUCUAUGCCCAGAAGGAGUCCCAGAGGUCGGGCUACAUCGAGCUGGUCCUGCAGGCGUAUGAACAGACGGCUGCUGAAGACUCCACUCCCUGAGAGACUCCGCUCCCUGAGAGACUUGCUCCUAGAUGGAAAUAUACAAAAUUCAUCCACAAGGAGGACCAGAAACCACUUCCUGAAGAACAGACUGAAAAUCACCACCCAUAUUUAAGAUAUGACAGCAUUUACUGUUCUUUCACUGUUUGGGUCCAAGAGUAAUAUGUGCUUCUGGACUUAAAGGACAUCUAUACACUUCACAGUCGUCAAUUUGAAGAACCAGCUUCAAAACAUCUUGUGUGAUGCACAAAGUUUGUCAUUUAUUCAUGUAGGGAAAUUAUCUGUAUGUGUUACUACCUUUGGAGCUGUGAAUCAAACCUGAAGUGUCCAGUUAAAUGAUGUACAUAAAAUAAAGCAAGAUCUUUGUACUUAUGUGAUGUGUAGCUUGAGUAAAAGGACUGGAGUCCUGGAUAACAUGGCAGGCUUUGAAAGACAUGUAUUUCAUUCACUUUUCAAGUCCAGAUACACAGUACCAUUUUAGUUUAUUGGAUAAACUAAAAGCAGCAGGCGUUGAGAAGGAAACAUGCACCAGGAUAAUAAGAUGUCAAAUAAAAAGAG